AGCUUUUUUAUAAAUCGGUUCUUCCAGUCAAAAAUUUGACAAUAGUGUUGUCUCAUCGGACACCACUGAGAUGGAGAAAUCAAAGGCAAGGUCUGGCGGCGGCGGCGACGGAGGUGGAGGUGCUGUCAACGGUGGUGGUGGUGAUCUGAACAGUGUAUUCAAUCAAGAUAGAGGUACAAACACUAUUGUGUCAGUCCCUAACGGUAAUUACAAGACUCAGGUGGGUUAGAUUUGAAAUAGGUUUGAUGGAAACGGUAUUCAGGGUCAACAGAUGGUGGUCAACAAUGAUGGGUAUAUUGGGAUUAAUGCUGUAAGGAAUGGGGAGAACUGUGGUGAGAGUUAUAAGAGGGAGAUGAGGGAUUUGGAGGAGCUUUUGUCAAAGUUGAACCCCAUGGUUGAGGACUUUGUGCCGCCGUCGUUUGCCAACAGUCACGGUUACUUGGCUGGUCCUGGUGGUGCUACUGGUUUUGGAUUCGCCAACAAUUUUGCGAUGCUGAUGGAGGUGGUGCAGUUUUGCGAAAAGUACAAUCUGGUUCAGUUUCAGGAGUUGUUCAAGGAAGAAGGAGUGGUGGAGCACGGGAUGUUUUUGAACAAUCGCAAAAAUAUAUAA